AUGCAGCUCCCGGCUCUCUGCUGCGUGGCCUCGCUGCUGCAGCUCGUUAUGCCGUGGGCAGGGGAGCAGGCGGCCGGUGAGGAGCUCAGUGCUGAGCUGCGGUCUCUCCAGGACUUCCUGGAGUCGCUACGGCAGCUCUGGGAAGGGGAAGGGGAACCGAGCCCGGGAGACGAGCCGGUGGCCGGGGCCGAGGACGGCGGCUCCGAGUGGGAGCUCUCGAGGGGCGGAGAGCGGCCGGGCGGGGAUUCCGGUCCUGGCCCUAGACCUCCUCAGCUGGCGGAGGGAUAGAGCCAGUGGAAGAGCCUCCUGUCCUCCCUCAGACGGAAGCACUUUUCCUGCUGCUUUGGGACGAAGAUGGAGAGGACCGGCGAGCAGACGGGGCUGGGAUGCGACCAACACAAACCCCUGGCACUGCCAGGCGCCGCUGCCAGCUCUGGGACCGUGGCAGGGGAUGCCUUUCCCGAUGGCUUCACUGCUGCUACCAGAGAAUCCUCCCCGGAGUGGCUGCCGGUGCAGGCGAAGGGCCGCGAGGGCUUCAGCACCCGGGACAGACGCCAAUGGCCCGGCACGCCGAGCGCCGGCCCCGCCGGGCUCCCCCCGCCUGCCCGGGGCUCCCUGUAG